AUGAUCACUGAUAGUAAACAGCGUACAACUCUAAAUGGUUUUGUCAAAAAAUUGAUCGCCGAUUUGGCCGAGUAUUUCUCAAAGUUUGACCAAUUAUUGGGUGGCGUUCCCGAAGAGGUGCGGCUCCGGGCAAUGGACGAGUCGGCCACUGACUUUCAGCUAAUAUUUUAUCGCGAAAUGAAACGUGGUUGUUUGGUACGCAUGAUGUCGGUGAAUAUGGUGUCCGUAUGGCGUAACCUACACUUACGAGAGUACGUUAAACUUCAGGCCCAGUAUCGGCCCCAACCCCUGUCCGAUAUGAUUAUGAUAAUGGAUAUUAAUAUGAAACGCGUGGCCACAGUGUAUAAGAAUAUCAUCGAUAGCCACAGCGGCAAUAUAACUGCCGCCCAAGAGCUUGAGCUGAUCCAAUUGGUCAAAGACGUGAAAGAGGUGGAUGAAACAGCACAAGUUUCUAACAAUAAGUCCAUAAGUCCUGUUACUACAGAUCACCCAAUAAUUCCCGUCACUACUGAUCGGCCCAUAAGUAUUAGUACUAAUACUUCGGGCAAAACAUUAAGUGAACGCCUGUUGGAGCCGUUGAUGGAGUCGUUGCCGAAACUGUUUGUCGAGGACUACGUCCAGGAAAUACUAAUGACGGGAGAAAUGAGUGCAGAAAACAUACGAUACGGACAGAAGUACUGGAAGAGAACCAAACAAGUGAUGCUCACGCGUUUAGAAAUGCUAAAACGUGCGCUAACUGUGGCCAUCAAUGAUAACGAGCGCCAGUUUCUGGACCGAGUUGUGUUAGGAAUGGGCCGAAAACUGGACAAAUAUUUGGCCAAUUUUGAACACUUAUUGGGCGGCAUUGAAGACGACAUACUAAUGCACGCGCCCACCGAUACGCUCAUAGAAAACCAUCUAGUACUUUGGCGCGAAAUGAAACGUGGUUCAUUUGUACGGAUGAUGGCCACCGAUUUGGUGCCCCUCUGGCAUAUAUUACAGCUCCGGAAGUAUCUGAAACGUCAGCCCCAAUUCAAGCUGAGCCCGUUGUCUAACUAUUUACUGUAUACAGACUUUAAUAUCGUAGGAGUGUUCAACUUUUAUAAGAGUGUCAUUGACUCUCACGCGACAAAUAUAACCGCCGCCGAAGAGCUCGAGCUCUUUCAAUUGAUCCGUGAAACGAAUGAUCUCGAUCUCAAAUUUCAUAUAAUGCCUAUCCUUCCAAAGGACAAGACUUUAUGCGAUCGAGUGUUUGAUUCAGUAGAGGACGCGAUGGCAAAGAUGUAUAAAACAGAUUUCGUUCAGAAAGUAUUAAUGAACGCAACGCUGACUGAAGAAAAUAUACGGUUCGGUCGUAACUAUUGGAAGCGAUACAAUGAUUUUUUUACGAGUCGUUUUGAGGGAAUCAAAAAAUUGUCCACAAUGGCUCCCAACGAUAAUCAGCGUAAAAUACUAAAAGGGUUUUUAAAAAAUUUGCUCUUUGGGGUUGGCGAGUAUUACGCAAAGUUUGAACAACUAUUGGGCGGCGUUCCCGAUGAGGUGCGGCUCCGGGCAAUGGACGGGCCGGCCAUUGACUUUCAGCUAAUAAUUUAUCGCGAAAUGAAACGUGGUUCGUUUUUACGCAUGAUGUUGGUCGAAAUGGUGUCCGUAUGGCGUACACUACACCUACGAGAGUACGUUAAACUUCAGCCCCAGUAUCGGCCCCAACCCCUGUCUAAUAUGAUUUUGUUUGCGGACUUUAAUUUGAGGCAAACUGUUACUUUGUAUAAAAAUAUUAUUGACAGCAACAGCGCCAAUAUAACGGCCGCCGAAGAGCUCGAGCUGAUCCAAUUGGUCAAAGAAUUGAAGGAAGUAGAUGAUCAAUUUAUUAAAGCUAUUAUUAGUACUAAUACUUCGGGCAAAACAUUAAGUGAUCGCCUGUUGGAGCCGUUGAUGGAGUCGUUGCCGAAACUGUUUGUCGAGGACUACGUCCAGGAAAUACUAAUGACGGGAGAAAUGAGUGCCGAAAACAUACGAUACGGACAGAAGUACUGGAAGAGAACCAAACACGUGAUGCUCACAGCGCGUUUAGAAAUGCUAAAAUAUGCGCUAAGUGUGGCCACCAAUGAUAACGAGCGCCAAUUUCUGAACCGAGUUGUGUUAGGAAUGGGCCGAAAACUGGGCAAAUAUUUAGACAAUUUUGAACACUUAUUGGGCGGCAUUGGAGACGACAUACUAAUACACGCGCCCACUAAUACGCUCGUCGAGAACCAUCUAGUACUUUGGCGUGAAAUGAAACGUGGUUCAUUUGUACGCAUGAUGGCCACCGAUUUGGUGCCCGCCUGGCACUUCAUACAGCUCCGGGAGUAUCUCAAACGUCAGCCUCAAUACAAGCCGAGCCCGUUGUCUAACUUUAUAUUUUAUAUGGACUUUCCAGUUGAGGCAAUGUUCAACUUUUACAAGAGUGUCAUUGACUCACACGCGACAAAUAUAACGGCUGCCGAAGAGCUCGAGCUCUUCCAAUUGGGCAAUGAAAUGAAUCAACUCGAUCUCAAAUUUCAUAUAAUGCCUAUCCUUCCAAAGGACAAAACAUUAUGCGAUCGAGUGUUUGAUUCAGUAGAGGACGCGAUGGCGAAGAUGUAUAAAACAGAUUUCGUUCAGAAAGUAUUAAUGAACGCAACGCUGAGUCCGGAAAACGUACGCUUCGGUCGCAACUACUGGAAGCGAUCCAACGAUUAUGUUAUGAAUGUGUUUGGCAACUAUAACACAAAGUUUGAACAACUAUUGGGUGGCGUUCCCGAAGAAGUGCGGCUCCGGGCGAUGGACGAGUCGGCCAUUGACUUUCAGCUAAUCAUUUAUCGCGAAAUGAAACGUGGUUCGUUUGUGCGCAUGAUGUUGGUAGAAAUGGUGCCCGUAUGGCGUACACUACACCUACGAGAGUACGUCAAACUCCAGCCCUUGUAUCGGCCCCAACCCCUGUCUAAUAUGAUUCUGUUUACGGACUUUAAUUUGAGACAUAUUGUUACCUUGUUUAAAAAUAUUAUCGAUAGCCACAGCGCCAAUAUAACGCCGUCCGAAGAGCUCGAGCUGAUCCAAUUGGUCAAAGAAUUGAAGGAAGUGGAUGAUCGAUUUAUUAAAGCUAUGUAUUAA